GUGUCUGUCGAGGCCCAAUCAGCGGUUUAGUGCUGCCUGCCGGUGCCGGGGACUGGUGGUGAGGAGACGCUACAGCGCUGUCAGGACCGGACCGUGAACCCGGAGACGGUACACACUGAGGCGAAAGGAGACACAGCAAAUGCAGAUCCAGCGGUGUUGGAGUUUGACCUACACUACACAUCAAUCUGCAGCGCCAAAUCUUCUUCUUCAAUGUCUCACAGGAUGGAGCGGAUGUCUGAGGAGGCGCUGAGGCUAAACCUGCUGAAGCGAGGCCUGGAGUCCCCCAGCGAGCGAGAGGAGGCGCUGGCUAAGCGCCUCAAAAUGGAGGGUCACGAGGCCAUGGAGCGCCUCAAGAUGCUGGCACUGCUAAAACGCAAGGACCUAGCUGACCUAGCAGCCCUGGAGGUCGGAGGGCCCCUGGGAGAUGGGAAGGGCCCUGGAGCCAGCUCCCUCCACCACCAGAGCCUAAUGGGUGCUGCAUAUGAAGAGAAACUCAAUGGGAGUCUAAGGCUGGGAGGCCAUGGUGGCCUUGGCAGCCAUGUUGGACCCAGUAAGAAUGGGAAAGAAAACAUCCUUGAUGAGCCAGUGGAUAUGAGUGCUGGGAGAAGAUGUGAUGUGGAGCAUGACAGACGAACUCCGUCUCCAGACGUUAUUAUCCUAUCAGACAAUGAAGCAUCCAGUCCCAGAACAACACCUCGUCCUGAGGAGCGCCUACACCAGGCCAACCUGGACAUGUUUAAGGGGAAGACCGGAGAGGAGAGGCAGCAGAUGAUCAAAGCUCUGAGAGAGGAGCUGCGUCUGGAGGAGGCUCGCCUGGUGCUGCUGAAGAAGCUCAGACAGAGUCAGAUGCAGAAGGAGAACGUGGUGCAAAAGGUCCCGGUGGUCCAGAACGCUGCCUCCUCUGUUCAGCCUCCUCCCAUCCACAGCUCUCCUGGCCUGGGGAAGCUGCCCAUGAGGCCGGGCCUGCACAACCCUGAGCCCCAGAACCUCCGUACUGCACAGGUCUAUGGUCAUACUGUCAUCAGGUCAGCAGCCAAUGCCAACCUGCCACCAAUGCUAAUGUCCCAGCGAGUGAUAGCCCCCAACCCCUCCCAACUGCAAGGCCAGAGGAUCCCCUCCAAGCCUGGGAUGUCACGUUCCAGCUCUGGCAGCAUGGCCAAUGCUGUCAGCUACCAGCAGGCCAGCCAGCAAGUGGCAGCUUCUCAGCGCUCAGGCUCCAGUGCCAUGUACAUGAACCUGGCCCACAUGCAAGCAGCAGCGGCAGCCGGCGGAGUGGCGGGCGGCUUGGGCGGAGCUUCGGCUGUCAGCCCAUCUACCAUGUCCGGUUCAGCCAGCGGAGGGGUGAGCUCCAUGGCCGACCAGGCCAGCAGCCAGGCAGCAGCCAAACUGGCCCUCAGGAAGCAGCUGGAGAAAACCCUGUUGGAGAUCCCUCCACCCAAACCCCCUGCCCCGCUUCUCCACUUCCUACCCUCUGCCGCCAACAGCGAGUUCAUCUACAUGGUUGGCCUGGAAGAGGUGGUGCAGAGUGUACUUGACAGUCAGGGUAAACUCAGAGGGACACUGGCCCGCAUGGAGCCCUUCUUCUGCGCUCAGUGCAGAACUGACUUCACCCCUCACUGGAAGCAAGAGAAGAGUGGGCGAAUCCUCUGUGAGCAGUGCAUGACGUCCAAUCAGAAGAAGGCUCUCAAGGCCGAGCACACCAACAGGCUGAAGAACGCAUUCGUGAAGGCCCUGCAGCAGGAGCAGGAGAUUGAACAGAGGCUGCAACAGCAGGCAGCCCUCUCUCCCAGCUCAGUUCCUACAGGCCCCAACGCCUCCAAGACUGACACCAUGAUCCGACAUCAUGCCCUCCGCCAGGUACACAUGUUUCCUGACCAAGCUCCCCAGCCUCAGGCCUCCAUGCAGAGAGGUCUGUCCAACUCAGCGCGAGGUGUUCUAUCAAACUUCGCUCAGGCCUCCCAGCUGUCGGUGGCCAGCAGCCUCAUGGGAAUGACUAGUGCCAAGCACUGUGGAAGCGGUGGAAGCAGCAGCAGUAGCAGCAAUAGACUGCAGCAUGACAGCCGUCGCCAGAUCUACAACAUCCCAGGGUUAAAUAUUGCCUAUCUGAACCCAGCGGCAGUUGGAGCGCAUAAGAGCUCCAGCUUAGCAGACCGGCAGAGAGAGUACCUGUUGGACAUGAUCCCACCUCGAUCCAUAUCGCAGUCCAUCACCGGACAGAAAUGAGCCCAGACCAGCCCUCCUGCCCCUCUGAUGUCACACCCAUCCUGCCCCUCUACCCCCAUACUGAAGCACUCCCAGAUCAACCAACAUCCCCCAACCCCACCGCAUGCAGUGCCUGUCCGUGUGCCUACCUUAAACCAACCCAUGAAAACCCACCAAGUCGGACAAAGACACUAAACUGUCAGUGCAUCUCCAAUGUUCUUAUGAUAGUAAAAUCUUCUUCGUCAGCGUUGUUUAACAAUUAUAAUUCCCAUUAUUAUCGCUGUUGGUAGCACUAUUAUUAUUAUUAUACCUGCAACUACCGUUUUUGCUUCAGUUACUAUUACUUAUUAUGCUUUUUUCUUUUCCAAGUGUUUGGUCCAUUUUUUGUUUCUCUGCUGUCUCUUCUUCACUUUGGGGAGUGACGGUGAACCAUUGUAGGGUCGCUUUAGGCCACAGUCACUUAGGAUUUUUUUUCUCCUUUUAAUUAUAAUGCUUAGAUGUGACUAUUGCUAGUAACAGAAGAUCAACAGGGUGCAUUCUGGUUGCUAUGCAACAUAAAUUUUAACAACUUAAGCUUGCUAAGUUGAAGUAACAAAGUGGAAAAUACUGAUAGGAACAAAAACAGACAAAAUUAAGUUAGUAACUGCUCUUGAAAAGAGCCUGUUCUAGAAAUGAAGAAUGUGAGGGGGGCUAAACAGUCCGAGCAGAGCAUCUACACUUAUAUCACGUUAAAAGGGUCAGAUUCAAAGGUUGUUUUUGCACUGACACGCAGAUCAAGUCCAACCUGGCCGGAUCAGAGGUGCACAUAUGUACAAAAGAGAAUCUUAUGUGAAAAGCGUUUGGAGAAUAUUUUCCUUUGGUAUUCGGCUCCCACAUUCCUCAUCAAGAGAUCUUCAUCUGUUUCUUCACUUCAGAUUCAGCCUAUUGUUACAAAUUUGAACAGUUACCAGAUGGAUGUAACCAGGAUUUCCUGCAGUUGUAUUUAUCUGGACUGGCAGACACCUUCAGCGGACCAGCAGUCCAUAUAGACUCUAAUGAGGAGGAAGCUGAUAGGGGACGGGAGGACGUUGUCUACAAGUUAAGCCAAUAUUCACUUCACAGGGGGCACUGGUCUGUCAGAGAGGAGCAAGUUGAUUUUCCCUCCUGGUUCCAUCUCAUCUCACUACCUCCCACUGACCUCCACCAUGCCCUCCUCACAACCUUCGUUCAUCCAGUGCACAGACUGAAGCUUUUGUACCCAGCAACUCCUCUUUGCAUCACAUGUUCUUUGAGAAAGUGAAACAAACUCAAAUCUGAAGGUGGAAUUACAAUUUGUGUGUCCAAACCUCAGAUUCUGUACCUAGAAACCUACAAUCUGGGUUCCUUUGCUUCUUCUAUUUGGGUUUUUAGAUUUUCUGAUUGUUGCCCCCACCCCCGAACUUUCUGUGCUUUAUUUUGAUUAGUUUAUCUGGAUUCGUUUUUUUGUUUUGUUUUUUGCGGCGUCUCUUAAUGAAUUGGUGGCGAACCUGAGAGGUAUUAGCCCCUGGAGACGAUAAUAAUCAACAUAGCUAAAAACAGAAACUAUUGAAAUAUCUGUAUGGAUUAUGUAUAGAUACCUAGCUUCAGAUAAAAAAAGGUUGAGGAUUAUAUCUUUUAUGGGAGAGACAUGGAUCAAUCAUUGUGUGCAUGCUCUGCACACAAGUUCCCUCACUCCAGAGGAGCACUUUGCUUAUUUCCAAUUGGAAAAACUUUUUUUAAAGAAAAAAGCAAAAGAAUGUCACAGUUGAGAGAGGCUGAAGUUGUGGAAGCUGGCUGAUGGCCGACCAGAGUAAGGGGGCAUGUCACCAAGUAGCGUUUAAAUGGCUGAUGAAAAGUUCAAUUCUAAUUUACGAUGCCAGUGUUAAGCUCUAAAUGUUUCAGUUUCCACUUUUGCGGUGUGCUCAGUUAGAGCCAGACUAUAUAUAAGCUGUUGCUGGCUGGAGUACAUGAGUACCUGGGUACAUGUACCAGCAUCAGUCCCAUUGACUCACUGUCUUUAAAACCCAGCAGUAACUGAAACUUUAAAGCAAUCCCACCUCUUAAGUCUGAACUAGAUGACUUUGGACCCGAUCCUCAACUGAUGGGGAUCUGCUUCGAUCCAGUUUGAUAUUGCAACACUGACUCACAGACAGAAACCAGGUCCUGAACAAAGAUACAAGACUCAGACACUUGAUAGAUUUCAAGUGUAAACUCAUGGGAAAGCGAAGAGACAUUCACAUAAAAGUUAGGAUGAGAAAGUGUCUCUCCUGUGGGGAGUUCAAACUUUACACGUGUGUGGGUUAGAAUGGCUCAGUAAAUCCGACUCCAUACCUUUUCCUAUGCUCAAGGUGACUACAGUGGAACCUGUUGUUUGCUCCAGGCUUUUUAGUGACCCCAGCACUCUGAGUGUUAACAGAUGAUAUGGUUAAAUGGCGCUCCUAAUGCAAUCCAAAUGUAAAAACCACAUUUGUACCUGUUUUUCAGCAGCUGUUGCAUGUUCAAAGGUCUUGAUCUCACAAACUAGAGUUCAUCUCUUUGCUCUUGUUUUCCAGCUGUUUGACCAGAUCAUGGAUCAACAUAGAGUGCUGAGCUCACAAAUAGAGCCAUCAUUGACAAACAUAUUCAGCACAGACAUUCACUCAGUGACUUACCAACACACACUGCUGCAGCAACACAAACCAGUAUCAUCUCUACAUCUAGUGGUUAAGACUGGUGUGGAUUUUUCUUCUCAGAUGUUGGCCACUCAAGUGAUGCCUAUGACAUGCAGGUC